CACUGUCAUGUUUAACUGCCAAUGAAUGUGGGGCUGAAGUCGACCUAGCAAUUUUCCAUAUUCAGAGGGAGUAUCAGGAGAAAAGCUUCCAAAGCCACUUCGACACUUGUAGAAGCCAGUGUUUUGCUGCCUUUUUUUUUUUUUUUUUUGGAGUCUCGGUUAAGUAUAAACAGCCAUGGAUUGGGGGUACGAAAUCGAACCUGGAGAUUUUCCGCCGCCACAGGGGCAGGCGAGGAUGGCAGCGUGGCUCGCAUGGAGGACGCAUGUGGAUGCGCCACACGUGCAACUGAAAGUGGGAACAAUGUAACCAUGUGGAGAACAAAGAACAUUAGGACUUUACAGGGCCUGACAAUUUUGUUGCCCUGUUGUUCGUGGAUGUUACUGUUGUGCCAGACGGAAGUGAUGAAAUAAAACUGAACAUACAUUUAGUGUACAUGAAUAAGUGAAGAAUUCACAGUCAGAAAUACUGAAUGCACUGUUACUGGAAACUCUAAUUUACUGGAAACAUUUGUACUUUUCAUUGUAUCGAACCUUUUUUAGUAUUUCAUUUCAUGCAGGUAUUAAAAAUUAAGUACUGUACUUUCUUAGCCAUUUAUGUGGCCUUUGGCACCCCGUAGUGGUUAAAAAUGCAAGCGUUCCACCUUCAGGGCUGGUUUUUAUUUGUUGUCAUCGUGUUUCUAUUCCCAAAACAAUAUGAUUUCAAAUCAUUGGUUGCAAUUUAAAAUGGUUUCAUUAUGUAUGGAUGGCUAAGUAAUAUGUUGGUUUUGAUUAUUAAGAGUUGCAUGACGUUUUGUGGACACUGAAUUAAUAUUUUGUCCGAAAAUAUUAUUUUUUUUCGAUUGACAAAGUUGGGAAUGGGCAUUAAGACUGUCACUUGUGUAUAUUGUAACGAAUUCCUCGAAUAAAAUAAAGUAAUUUACUUUAUACUUGAAAGAUUUGCUAUUUUAUGAAAUGCGUUUUCUAUGAGAGGAUUUUUUUAUUUAUUUUUUUUUUACUGGUAGCUAUUUUGCGACAGUCGUGCUAAUUGAGUCACGUGACGUCGCUCCGACUUCGUCACUGUCUCAGGGCUGAAAUAAAUCGCGGGCUUCGUCGCCGCCAUUAACAAAACUACAAAAAGAAAAAGAAUAAAAUGGAACAACCCAACGUUAUCAUCUGUUACUUCUGUGGGAAUUCCUACACUCUGUCAGAGAAUGAAGCUGAGGACAAUCUGCCUCGUACGCUCAUGUGCGGUCACAUUUUCUGCACGUCGUGCCUGCAGUCCAUGGAGUGUGACAAUGUGAUCAAGUGUCCUGAGUGUGAGGUGGAGUCAAGCCUGCCUGAAGACGGUGUGCUGGGGCUGCAGGAGGACGCUCGCAUCAUUGGCCUCAUCUACGCUGCCAAAAUGAACAAGAAGAGAAGGUUGAACAAAUCAAACAAUCGCAGGAAACUCCGAGCGUUAUCCUCUGACACCAAUGGCAACACCAAAGAUGCAGAGCAGCCGGUGACCAAUGAAAAGAGUGAGAGAGCUGUGGAUGAGGCGUUGGCCACCGCUGCGGAACAUCUGGCCAAACUGGAGCACUUACACCAGACUUUAACUACAGGCCUGGUAGAACAAGUGAAGAAAGAGCAAGCUCGAUUGAAGUUGGAGAUCUACCACGCCGUUGACAAAGUGAUACACGCCACCCAUAAGUGGCGUGACAUGCAGCUGAGUAAGCUAAACAGACUGGAUGCUCACUUCUCCAGUACCCACACUGAAGUUUGCAGGGUCAAGGCGAGGUUGGCCUCACUGGAGACUGCUGUGCAGAAAGCCAAGAAGGUGCGAAGCGUGCCCUUCCUGGAGCUGUACAGCGACUGGCAACAGAUUUUGAGGACUCUACAGGCUCCUGUGGACAACCAGUCCUUCAACAUGAAGUGCAUCACCAUGGGCUGUGGACUAAGUGUUAAGUUCAAGUGCCAGUUUCUGAACCAGAGUGUGGAGUUAAUUCUGAUGAUGGAUGAAGGCAAGCCAAACAACCUGUCUGAGAUGCCAUGUCACCUCCAGCAACACAUUAGCGACCUUGCCCAAAAGCCUGCCGGACAUGGUCAUGUCGAAUCUUUAGUCAGCAGCUACAGCCACCACAGCCACAGCAAAGCCAAGAGUCCACUGAGGAGGAUGAGUCAGAGGAGGAUGAGCCCCAAAAGAAGGAGCCUGGCUUCUCGCUGCGCCUCUCCGAGCCCAACGCGUAGUAGCAGACGCUACCACUGCAAGACAUCCUCUUCAGAUAACGCCGCUGCUGAUGUCGUUAUUGAGGAGUUAAUAGAGAUGGAGGAGCAGUACGUUACCCCUCCAACUGGUCCCGAGUUGGCCAAGGAGAAGCGGAGGUCACGCAGGAGAGGAAGCUUGGAUUUGUCCACGAGGAGAAAUGUUGCUCAGUGGGUGGUGGUGACUCACGUGGUCAACCCCGCUCACUUCUACGUGCGCUAUGCGGCCGAAAAGCGAGAGAGUGACAUUCUGUCCAAGGAGGUCAACGCCUUCUGCAAACUGGACACCAGUUGCUUCUCCUCUGCCGACAACGUGCGAACUGGCUCCAUGGUCUUGGCGAAAGGAAAUCAGGGUCUGUGGUGCCGUACCAGUGUGCUGGAGGUCUUCCAAAAUGGCUGCAACAGCAGUGUGGAUGUCUGCCCGGUUGACCAAGUCAGCCGGAUCUGCGUCUUCUUCAUUGACUACGGCUUCACCAAAAGCUUGGCCAUAGAAAGGAAUGUCUUGAGCACGGCGUCCUCAGUAGACGUGGUGAACAACCACCUGAGGAAGAUACACACAGAGCUGGUUCGUUUUGCUCCUCAGGCCAUCCGAUGUUCCCUCAAGGACCUGGUUCCCUACGACCUGACCAGGGGCUGGAGCAAAGAGGCUCAGACGGCAUUCUGCCAAGUGGUGGGUUCUGCCCUCGUGGAAAUGACUUCCUUUGGUCAGGACAGAGAUGCCCUGCUGGUGGACCUCAGCAAAGCUCCUGUAGGACCAUCCAACGACAUUCCCAUCUCCAUCCGGGAUUAUCUGGUGUUCAUUGAAGUGGCCAGGUUUUAUUAUCCGGUAAAGCCGAGCAGGAAGCAGCUCAAGUACUACCCGGCCGUCCCACCCAAACUCCACACGGAGCACAGCGCAGUGGUGACACACGUCAACAGCCCCGAUGACUUCUACAUUCAGCUGCAGACUGACAACAUGGAGUCGUCAUUGCUGAAAGCCAAGCUUCAGGAGUGCUACAACGCCAAGAGUGGAGAAGGAGAACUGCUGGUUUACUGUCCCAUCAUCGGACAGGCCUGUGUGGCCCGCUUUGAAGAAAACGUGUGGUACAGAGCCGAAGUCAUAGGUCAUCUGGGGGACAGAAAGGUGGAGGUCCGCUGCAUUGACUUUGGAUUUAAGACAACAGUGUUGGUCAGCGACUUGAGGAAGAUAAAGGAUGAGUUCUUCUCCCUGCCGGCAUUGGCGAUCCAGUGCUGCUUGUCGGACGUGCUUCCUCUGGCUGGAGAGACAUGGAGCGAUGCCUGUGUGAAACGCUUCUUCAGCCUGGCUCAUGACAAAUUCUUCACCAUGGUGGUUACAGAAAAAUCCCCAAAGACAAAACCUCUACCCAUCAAGCUGCUUGAGAGCAAUCCAACUGACCUACCCACUGACAUAGCCGAGGUGCUAAUUAAAGAGCAGUUGGUGUGCUCCAAAAAUGGGCUUAAGACCAACAUGGCAGAGGUCCCCGCCAAUGACGGCGCCAUAUGGGACCCGCCGCUCGACCUGAGUGGUCUCGAGCCUUUGGACCCUACCGGCACAGCGGUGGAGUUCCAGCCUCGGCUCAGCCUCCCCGGCAGCCUCAAGGAUGCCAAAGUGCGAGUGAGCCACAUCACCUCACCUAGCAGCUUCUACAUCCAGUUCAUCCAAAACGACUCUCAACUUAAAAGGUUGAAAGAGCUUCUGAAUGAGGAAUGUGAGCUCUUGGAGCCUCAGGACGUGGCAUGGGAGCCAGACAUGUUCUGCGCGGCUCACGUCAACCAAGUUUGGGAAAGAGGACUGAUCUGUUCCAAGGUCUCGUCCGCUGACAUCGCAGAGGUGAUGCGCUGUGACCACGGCAACAAGGUGAAGCUGCACGUGAGCAACCUGCGGCCACUGUCGGCUUCAUUGGAGGGUUCUUUUGCUCUGGAGUGCUCGUUGACGGACAUCAAGCCAGCAGGGGGCCAACCCACCUGGACCGCCACAGCCUGCGACUUCAUGCGUGACUACCUGUCAGGAGCCUCGGCUGUUGUCACCGUCCACGAGAUGACAGAUGAGCGGCCGGUAGCCGUCACUCUGAUGUGUACCCACAAGAUGGGAGAGUUGGUCAGCAUCUCGGACCAUCUGGCCUGUAAAGGUCUCGCCCUCAGGGAGAGGAAGCCAGUGUUAGAGAGAUACGUGGAGGAUUUGGCUUUCAAAGAAAGCGAAAUGGCCGUUCCUCCUGAAAAGCCAAGAGAUCCUCAGUCUUCUGAUACCAACAUACAAGCUGAGACUCCUAAAUGCACGGCUGCUCCUUUGCCAGCAUGCCCCUCAACACCUCCCCCCCCCAGGCCCACCCCUCGCUCAGCCAGGCCCACUGAGAAGGUGAAAACUGAUAUGUACAAACCACCAGAGCUUCCACAGCUGGGCCACAACCGCAUGACCAUUUCUGCCAUCAGAGAGGACGGACUCAUCUACGCCAGAACUGACACUGCAGGGUGUCAUUUGGAGCAGCUGAGGGACAAGAUCCAGCAGAGCAUGAAGACGCUGCCCAAUCAGAAGCCGUACACCUGGAAGACCGUACAGGGAUGCGCCGUCAUUGGGCCCGACAUGCUGUGGUACCGGGGCCAGCUGCUGGAGGUCCAAGGGGGGCACGUCAAGGUCCAGUAUGUGGACUAUGGCCAGGUGGAGAACAUUCCGGUGGUCCACGUGUACCCCUGCCUACUGUGCGAGGACAUACCUCAACUUUGCAUGGCCUGUCAGCUCUACGCCAUCAAGCCUGUUGGCGACAGUUGGCAUCAGGAUGCCGUGGAGCUUCUCAAUGAGAUGCUCUUGCAUCGCCGUGUGGACGUCAGCGUCCUGAAGCUGCCAACAGACCUCAGGCGUCCACUCACAGUUGAAAUCUUCUUGGAUGGACUGAGCCUCAACACCAUCUUGUGUCAGCACAAACACGCCCUGAUGGACUGGACCGCACCACCGGCACCUCCUCUGCCUCCUGACUCCAUUUUGGACAUCUGGGACAUCGACACAGAGGGUCUGCUGGGCCCCCAGGAGGUGAUGUUGGGGCCCUUCUCUGAGCCCGGCCUGCCCGAGGACGGUCAGCGCCUGAAUGUCCGCGUGAGGCACCUGCAGACUCCCAAUGAGUUGUUCCUGUGGUGGGAGGACAUGGCCCAGGAAACGGUGGACGGGGAAACUCUGGACCAGUGCAUGUCACAGAUCAACGCUGAUGUUCCCAGUCUGCUGCCACUCACCAACUUCCCUCAUGGCGGUCCGUGUCUGGCGGAGUACAUCGAUGGCAACUUCUACCGCGCCAAGAUGCUGAAGAUCAUCAGCGCCGAUCCCGUCCAGAUCCUCAUCCAACACGUGGACUUCGGCUCCAAUGACACCGUGCCCACCAACAGGUUGCGACAGAUGCCGGCCAAGCUGCUGCGCUUCCCUGUGCAGGCGCUGAAGGUGCGCGUGGCGGGCCUCAAGGCUCCCAGCACCAGCACGGAGGACCAGGUGCUGCCCUACAGCCCGCAGUGGACUGUCAAGGCCACGCUGGCCAUGAUCGACCUGCUGCUCGGAGACCUAACCGCCGUGUUUCAGUGUGGGGACGCGUCCGCUGAGCCGUCCGUGUCGCUCUACAACCAGGAGGGAGAAUUUGUCUUUUUGCCUCUGCUGGCCAGCGGCUUGGCCCAACAUGACUGAAGGUCCAUUUCACACGGUUUGUUUUGUUUUACCUUCAAGUUGCAUUCACCAAGGGAAAAAGUUGUUUGACUCUGCCUUUUUUUUCCCAUGGUCUUAAGAGUCCAUUUAAGUUGCCACUUCGUUUAAAUGGCAAAGACUUACCAAAGUCAUUAAAGUGUGUUGUGCUUCAUUGCAUUGGGCUUUCGUGUUUACGCCAAACACGUGUGGGUGAUUCAUUUUUAUUAGUUCUUUAAAUAAAAAAAUAUAUACAAAUGUACAGAUAUUGUGGAAAAAAAAAGCUUCCUUUUUUUGACCAUUUAAGAGUCACAGAUAAGAGAAGAAGUCAACGUUGUGCUUAGGGAACAUUUUAAAGUGAAAAAUAGUGAGCGAUGGGGGUGUAAAAGAAGUGGACACUUUGUCACUUUUGACCAUAACGUUAGCACCUUUUUAAAAGCAAUACUGUAUUAACACAUUAAGUGGUCCAGGUAAAAGCCACUCAGGAAUGAGCUUGUGCAUUACGUGAAUAAAAUUUAUAAUGAAGAAAUUACAAAAAGAGUUGUAAUAUUUUAAAUGUAAAUCUGCUCCAAAAAAAUUAAUUCCAUUGAUAAAUAAGUUGACACAAAUAUUGACAUUUGUUAAGUUUACAAAAAAUAUACAUGUAUAAUAUUGCAAAAUUUUUGAAGGACUUUUAUUCUAAACAUUUGAACGUUUUUCUUGUAGUAGCAGGGGAUCAUUCUUCAACAUUACAACAUAGUGCUAACUUUUAACAUUUUUUUUCUUAUCAGUGUGGCUGUAACGCUCCAAAGUGGAGUUCCAAACUGGAAAAAA